CACCCUUUCAAGGAUCGAUUGGGCGUCUAUCUAGUGUCUAGCCCGGGCUGCUCGGGCUUCUGGGGGUGGGGAUUGAGGACACGACUCUCCGACCCACUGGGACCGAGGAUCCGUGUUUGAGAGUGUGGGUCUCGCGUAUGGGACAAGUGGAAAGCGGCUGUAGGCAUAUCUUGCCGUGGCUUGUCGUGCAGUCCCCGUGGCUGCUUUGUCUAGAGUGGGGAUACAGGUGGCUUUUACUCUCAGCUAGCUCAAGAAUUCCUCUUUGUCUUCCUUGGAAAAUCCUCUCCGGAGCCACGAACUGGCUCUCACUUAGAAAGAAUGCAGCUUGCUGUCCAGUCCGGUGACGUCAGCGCUGGAGUAUUUGGAAAACAAAGAGGGCUGGGGAGAGAGGCGGACCCGCGAUGCUUAAAGACCUCGCGGUUGCGGGUUACACUCGCCCGGGGCACUCGGGCAGCCACCGGUGCUAGUGGUCCUUCUCGGUGGAGGUGCUCUGAGACCAGGUGCCUGCUGGCCAUUGCCUAGGCAGGUGUGUGCAAGCCAGAGAAGCAUGAGGACACUGGAAGACUCCUCAGGAACGGUCCUGCACCGCCUCAUCCAGGAGCAGCUGCGCUACGGCAACCUGACAGAGACUCGCACACUGCUGGCCAUCCGGCAGCAGGCCCUGAGGGGCGGGGCUGGAGCUGGGGGCACGGGGAGCCCCCAGGCCUCCGUGGAGAUCGGAGCACCUGAGGACAGUCAGGUGCAACAGCAGGCCACCAGGCAGGAGCCCCAGGGCCAGGAGCAUCAGGGCGGAGAGACCCACCUGGCAGAGAACAGGCUGUACCGGCUGUGUCCACAGCCCAGCAAAGGAGAAGAGCUGCCCACCUAUGAGGAGGCCAAAGCCCAUUCCCAAUACUAUGCCGCGCAGCAGCAGGCAGGGUCCAGGCCCCAUGUUGGGGACCGGGAUCCCAGAGGGCCGUCAGGAGGCAGCAGACGACAGGAUGAGGCUCUGCGGGAGCUGAGGCACGGCCACGUACGCUCCCUGAGCGAACGACUUCUGCAGUUGUCCCUGGAAAGAAAUGGUGCUCGAGUCCCUAGCCACAUGAGCUCUUCCCAUAGCUUCCCUCAGCUGGCCCGCAGCCAGCAGGGUCCGCAACCCCGAGGACCCCCAGCUGAGGGCCCAGAGCCUCGUGGGCCCCCACCUCAGUACCCACAUGCCAUGCUGGCUCAUGAGACGACUGCAGCUGUAGCUGACCCGAGAUACCGUCCCCGAAGCAGCCCACACUUCCAGCAUGCAGAAGUCAGGAUCCUGCAGGCCCAGGUACCACCAGUAUUCCUUCAGCAGCAGCAGUACCAGUACCUGCAGCAGCCCCAGGAGCACUCCCCACCCCUCCAUCCACCCGCUCUAGGCCAUGGUCCCCCAAGCUCCUUCAGCCCACCUGCAGUGGAAGGACCGCCAAGUGCCCAGGCCACCUCGGGCAGUGCCCACCUGGCCCAGAUGGAGAGUGUCCUGAGGGAGAACGCCAGGCUGCAGAGGGACAAUGAGAGGUUGCAGAGAGAGCUGGAGAGCACUGCUGAGAAGGCCAGCCGCAUAGAAAAGCUGGAAAAUGAAAUCCAGCGCCUUUCUGAGGCCCAUGAGAGCCUGAUGCGGACCUCUUCAAAGCGUGAGGCCCUGGAGAAGACGAUGAGGAACAAGAUGGACAGCGAGAUGAGGCGCCUGCAGGACUUCAACCGCGAUCUUAGAGAGAGAUUGGAAUCUGCAAACCGCCACCUGGCAAGCAAGACACAAGAAGCCCAGGCCGGCAGUCAGGACAUGGUGGCUAAGCUGCUUGCUCAGAGCUAUGAGCAGCAGCAAGAACAGGAGAGGCUGGAGCGGGAGACGGCACUGCUGCGUGGUGCCAUCGAGGACCAGAGGAGACGUGCUGAACUGCUGGAACAGGCUCUGGGCAACGCGCAGAGCCGUGCCGCCCGAGCUGAAGAGGAGCUACGUAAGAAACAGGCCUACGUGGAGAAAGUGGAGCGGUUGCAGCAGGCACUGGGACAGUUGCAAGCUGCCUGUGAGAAGCGCGAGCAGCUGGAGCUGCGUCUGCGCACGCGCCUGGAGCAGGAACUCAAAGCCUUGCGUGCACAGCAGAGACAGGCGGGCACCCUCACCGGUGGUGGCGGCAGCAACGGUGGGUCCACCGAGCUCAGUGCCCUGCGACUGUCGGAACAACUGAGAGAGAAAGAAGAGCAGAUCCUGGCUCUAGAGGCCGACAUGACCAAGUGGGAACAGAAAUAUCUGGAGGAACGGGCCAUGAGGCAGUUUGCCAUGGAUGCGGCUGCCACCGCGGCUGCCCAGCGUGACACCACUCUCAUCAGACACUCCCCCCAGUCCUCGCCCAGCACCAGUUUCAACGAGGGCCUGCUAGCGGGCACCCACAGGCACCAGGAGAUGGAGAGCAGGUUGAAGGUGCUCCAUGCACAGAUCCUGGAGAAGGACGCAGUGAUCAAGGUCCUUCAGCAGCGCUCCAGGAAAGACCCUGGCAAGGCCACCCAGGGCACACUGCGGCCCGCCAAAUCAGUGCCAUCCAUCUUCGCGGCUGCAGUGGGGACUCAGGGCUGGCAAGGGCUCUCAUCCAGCGAACGGCAAACUGAUACACCUGCCCGGCUGACAGUAGAUCAUAUACCAGCAGAGGAGCCCCCGGCCACAGCUCCUCUCCCUACCCACACCAAACAUGGGAGCAGAGAUGGGAGCACCCAAACUGAUGGCCCUGCAGACACCACCUCUGCCUGCUUGGCCUCAGAACCUGACAGCCUCCUGGGGUGCAGCAGUAGCCAGCAGACAGCCUCUCUGGACUCUGUAACUUCAACCAGAGUCCAGGAUCUGUCAGACAUGGUGGAAAUACUGAUCUGAAGGAAGGAGGCCUUGAAACCCGGCCUCCCCACUGGCAUUUCAGCCGUCGUCUUCAAAUGGCUGCACCUCGCUGCCUCCAACCAUUGAUGGUGUGUGUGUGGUGCACGAAACUCAAGAUAGGAGUGCUCCAGCGGAGCUAGAAAAAAGUCUGCACCCCCAGAAGACUGCCUCCUGUGUCCAUGAGGAAGGUAGAGCCAGAAUUCCCCCUGCUGUCUGAGGUCUGUUGCUGGAACAGAAGGGAGCUGAGCCCCCUCCGUCCUGCCGGUCUGUAUUCAGGUGUGAAGGGAAAGGAGAGCGGAUUCUGAUUUCCGAGGAUGGCUGGCCACCAAACCGCUCGUCUGCUGGGAUAAUCGGGGCCAGCCAUGGUGUUUCUGGCUAAGCAUGGCCCCAGGCAACCCCAUUUGCUCUUCAGUCCCUCACUGCCUUCUUCAGAUCACUGAGACUUGAAUCUUUUGAGGGACUAUUGGGAAUGUGAGUCUUUCUCGGUAAGACGUCAGCACAUCCUUCGCUUGGAGUAGAUUAGAGGCCAUCUGAGGGGCCCUCAGAACAAUGUGUUUUGUAUAUAAUUCUCUUUCCUUGGGAACAGAAGACUGACUACGCAUGCUGGCUCAGAGUCUCCUGCCAGGGCUGUGCUGCCUGCCGCUGCUGCCACAGUUCUUGAAACAUCUGACAAGUCUACCAGAUGUCCCUCUCUGCCUCCGGUUCUUGGCCAUGGAUUUUGAUACUGGUUGCCUUUCUUCCAUUUUAAAUCCCUGUGUUCAGUGCCCAUGGGACUCUUGUCACCAGCCUCUUUGAAUGGCUUCUACAGCUCUUGUCCCUGGGACAUCCUGUCAGUUUGGUUAUAAACUGAGCCAGAUGCAAUGAGCCACCACAAAUGGACAUCUGUCAUGCCUAGUACCAGGUUCUCUUUGAAGAAACUGGAGACGGUGUUCUCAGAAAUGUGUUAGUUUCCCACCCGCAGGGACUGGGAGAGGGAGCUAUGCUGUUGAAAACUAAUCCAGUGAGCUUAAAAGACUUGACUUAAAAGAAUUUCCUCACUAUGGUGCCCCCCCGCCCCCCACCCCCAUCACAAAAUGGCACCCAUGAGGCUGGCUCCUCAAGCCUUCCACGCCCCAGCCCUGAAGCAGGGCCAGCUACUUGGACCUGGGUGAAGUGCCCUACACUUGGCAGCCUACCAGCAGCAGUAACGUUAACUUCUGGUCUUAAAGCGACCCCCACUCAGCUCAAAAAGCGGACGGUGGAUUUCAGAUCUUUUUUGUAUUUUCUCCUUCAGUUGUUUUAUUUGUUUUUCUUUCACUGUUUUGAAGUUCUAUUUGUUGUCUCAUUCCCAUGAUUCUCUGCGUUUCCCUUUUCAACAUUUGCAUUUGCUGGGCAAUUGCAUAUUUUUUUUAGUUCCCCUUCCCCUGUGUAAAGCUGAAAAAAAAAUGCAUCUGGUUCAUGUGCAUUGUUUACAGAGAUAAACGUUUAAAAAAAAAAAAAGGAGGGGGGAAAAGGCAAAAAAAUAUUGUGAAAGGAAAAAAAAACAACUUAAUAUAUUUUGGAUUAAUAUUUGGUAUUUCUUUUAAAGUAUUUUUGUGCUGUGAACGUUUUCUGCCAAAGACCAUGACGUGUGUCUGUGUGUUUAAGUUAUCAUGAAUAUUUAAAGUGUAAACAUGGCUGUUUUGUACGCCACCCUGUACCAGGAUUGCUGCUGCAUUCCACCAGGUAUGACAGUAUUUUAAUAAAAAAAAGCUUAUAAGGAGAUGUGUUUAUCGGUUUAUUCAUCUGUUGGUGGAGACACUGUCUAGGUCUGAGUCUCAAGUUUACCCCAGGCUCCCUAAUGGUAGAUUUACAGAGGUAUGACACCAUCUCCAACUACAUGACUUGGUCAUCUGCUAGCAUGAGAAAAGGAAAGAGAAUGAAGACUUUGAAGGA